AUGGGAAUCUGGAAUAACUAUGAAAAACACACUGAAAUAAUUGUGUUUGACUGGAACAAAAUUCUUGCAAAGUCCCCAAGGAUGAGAUUCAGUGCCAAAUCAAUGCUUCUAUCUGACUGGCUCUUUCUGGUCUAUGUGUUAAUGGUCUGCUGUAAAUUGUUGUCCGCCUCUAGCCACCAUCCCCGGGGGCACACAGGACAGCACCAGGUGAAGCAAGGGACAUGUGAAGUUGUGGCAGUGCAUCGUUGCUGCAAUAAGAACCGAAUUGAAGAACGAUCGCAAACGGUCAAGUGUUCCUGCUUCCCAGGGCAGGUGGCUGGUACAACAAGGGCUCAGCCCUCGUGUGUGGAAGCUUCCAUUGUCCUACAGAAGUGGUGGUGUCAUAUGAACCCCUGUUUGGAUGGAGAGGAUUGUAAAGUACUACCAGACUAUUCAGGUUGGUCUUGCAGCAGUGGAAAUAAAGUCAAAACCACAAAGGCAAGUACAGAGAUCACCUAUAUUUAA